AUGUCUUCAUUGCGCAAACAAAAUAAGUCUGAUUCUUGUCAAAAAGAUCUUGCAAAAAUCCUCUCCAGUAAAACAACCACUACUUCCACUACAAAAAGAAAAUGGUCUUUUUUUAAUGAAAAGGAUUUGGAAGAAGCCUCUGAGCUUACUAGAACUUACUAUAUACUCGCCAACGACAAAACUAAAGAUGAUCCUAUUAAAGCAGUCUUAGAAAAAGCCGCCAAAGACGUUAAGACCAAAGAUGCUCACAUGGUUCAAUAUUCUUUGAUGACGUUCAUUACACAUCAUCCUGAAGCAAGAAAAAGAAAUCUCCAUAUCCCACCAUUGACUCAACGUAGCCCAGGUCUUAGCUUACCAAAAAAUCGUUCUCUCUCUACUCCAGGACCUUUUAUUGGCAACAAUCCAACUAAACCGGCAACUGAUAUUUCCGAAGAUCUUCUUUAUUAUUGGCGCGAAGAUCCAAAUUUCAACGAACAUCACGAACAUUGGCAUAUUAUAUACCCAGUUUUUAGUGACGACCCAGAACACCCUGAAGACAGGACUAAACAAUUCACUAAGGAUCGUCAAGGUGAAAUUUUCGCCUAUAUGCAUAGGCAGAUGCUUGCAAGAUAUGAUGCCGAGCGUAUUGGGGUUGGUUUGAAACCCGUUAAACCUUUAGACAACUACAAUGAAGUUAUUCCGGAGCCCUACAAUCCCAGCGAACAUUUAGUCGAUAGUAGUGAUGCAACAAGCUAUGCAGCUCGCCCAGCUAAUCAAAAAUUAAAAGACGUCACUUUCUAUAACGAGAAAGGUGAAGCAGAACACGUUGUCAAAGUUUCUGAAUUGGAAACAGAUAGAGACCUUAUAAUCAAAACCAUAAAACAAGGUUAUUUCGAUGAUCCAAAUAAGACCAAGCUCACUCCACAUCUGAUCGGCCUUGCCAUUGAAGCUGGUCUUGCCAGGCAAAAAGGAUUUGAGAAGUAUGGUGCUUUCCAUAAUAAUGGUCAUAUCUUGCUAGGUUUUAUCGCCGAUAAACCAGGUGUAAAUGACAGGGGAGUAAUGGGUGAUGUACGUGUAUCUGCGCGUGAUCCAAUAUUCUGGAGGUGGCAUAGGCACGUGGAUGAUUUGUAUAACCUAUAUCAGGAGACACUUGGACCCCAUAAUUUCGACGAUUGCCCACCGGUGAAUAUUUGUCAGAACGGUAUUAUUCUCACGUUUAAAGACAAGAUUCCCAAUAUCAAGGGAUUAAAAGAUCCACAACAAGAUAACGAGGCUACAAAAUGGGGCGAACUUGAAUUCGGUGGGCGAAAUUUUGAUAAAGAACCAAAUCCUCAGUUUGCUACUUCUACUUUGGAAACAAAGAUGAAGACAAGAGUGUGGACGUGGAUUGAAGACGAUAAUAGAUCUUCAUCCGUUGAAUAUCUGUUUCCAAGAGAAUGGUACUAUUUCUUCCGCGUCGAGAACACAUCUAACCAGAAUAUUGCCGUUACAUUCCGUGUAUUCUUUGCUCCCGAUGAAUUUGUCAACAAAAACCAAAAUUGGAUCGAAUUGGAUAAAUUCAAACAAGAACUACCCGCACGGAAAAAAGUUGUGAUAGCACGUGAUUGCGAUCGGUCAUCAGUUGUGAGACAACCACCGCAGAAAACAGAAAAUGAGUUGGAUGACACUGUAAGUCUCCAGAAUUCCAACGGUGACAAAUACUGUGAUUGUGGGUGGCCAUUCCAUCUUUUAUUACCGCGUGGAACGCGUGAUGGUUUGAAAGGAAAGUUACUAGUAUUCAUUAGUGACUGGGCGAAAGAUGAAGUCCCGCAAGUUACCAGAUGCGGUAGCUUAUCUCUAUGUGGGGCGGAGAAGCCAAAAGAUAAAUAUCCUGAUAAAAGAACUCUUGGAUAUCCAUUUGAUCGACCUUUCAAGAAUGGGUCUUUUGAGAAGACCUUCAAAGGAUUACGAAACGUCGCGUACAGGGAUGUUUGUAUCCGCUGGGUUGAAAACUUCCCCGAUUUUACCGUUUAA